AUGAAUGCCCUAAAAUAUUUCUCAAAUCAUUUAAUAACUACAAAGAAACAAAAAAAAAUCAAUGUUGAGGUGACAAAGAAUCAAGAUCUACUAGGCCCUUCAAAGGAAGUUUCGAACAAAUAUACUAGCCACAGCGAAAAUGAUUGCGUUAGUGAGGUGGACCAACAGUACGACCACUCCUCAAGCCACUUAAAAGAAUCUGAUCAAAAUCAAGAGCGCAAAAAUUCUGUUCCUAAAAAACCAAAAGCUUUACGUUCCAUCCUAAUAGAGAAAAUAGCGUCAAUUUUGUGGGCACUACUACUUUUUCUUCCGUAUUAUCUGAUAAUCAAGCCCUUGAUGUCUUUAUGGUUUGUUUUUACCUUCCCACUAAGUGUCAUCGAGCGUCGUGUAAAACACACCGAUAAGAGAAACAGGGGUUCAAAUGCUAGUGAGAAUGAGCUGCCUGUCAGUUCAAGCAAUAUUAACGAUUCUAGCGAGAAAACAAAUCCUAAAAAUUGCAAUCUAAAUACGAUUCCCGAGGCAGUUGAGGAUGACUUAAAUGCCAGUGAUGAGAUAAUUCUACAAAGGGAUAAUGUUAAAGGCUCAUUACUUAGAGCUCAAUCUGUCAAAUCAAGGCCAAGAAGUUAUUCCAAAUCAGAACUAUCACUUUCUAAUCAUUCAAGUUCUAAUACCGUAUUUGGUACAAAACGAAUGGGAAGGUUCUUAUUUCCAAAGAAGCUGAUACCUAAAUCCGUGCUUAACACACAAAAGAAAAAGAAACUGGUUAUAGAUCUCGAUGAGACCUUAAUUCACUCGGCUUCUCGAAGUACAACGCAUAGUAAUUCUUCUCAGGGUCACUUGGUGGAAGUGAAGUUUGGAUUGAGCGGAAUUCGUACACUAUACUUUAUUCACAAGAGGCCUUACUGUGAUUUAUUUUUGACAAAAGUUAGCAAAUGGUACGACCUUAUCAUUUUUACAGCAUCCAUGAAAGAAUACGCUGAUCCUGUGAUAGAUUGGUUAGAAAGCUCCUUCCCAUCCAGUUUUUCAAAAAGAUAUUACCGUUCUGAUUGCGUUCUAAGGGAUGGUGUUGGAUACAUUAAAGAUUUGAGCAUUGUCAAGGACUCCGAAGAAAACGGGAAAGGCAGCUCCUCUUCUUUGGAUGAUGUCAUUAUUAUAGAUAACAGCCCGGUAAGUUACGCAAUGAAUGUAGAUAACGCUAUUCAAGUAGAAGGAUGGAUAAGUGAUCCAACUGAUACGGACUUACUGAACCUGUUACCUUUCUUGGAGGCUAUGAGGUAUUCAACAGAUGUCAGGAAUAUACUGGCAUUGAAACAUGGAGAGAAGGCAUUCAACAUAAACUGA